AUGACUCGUUCAAUGAACCGUCUCUACUCGACUAGCACUGUCGGUAGCAAGAGAUGGUCACACGUCCAAAAGGGACCAGAAGACCCAAUUCUCGGUGUCACUGUCGCUUUCAACAAGGACACUUCACCAAGCAAGAUCAACCUUGGUGUCGGUGCCUACCGUGACGACAACAACAAGCCAUACGUCUUGGAAGCCGUCAAAAAGGCCGAAAAGAAGAUCUUUGAGGCCAACGUAGACCACGAAUACGCCCCAAUCGUCGGUGUUGCUUCAUUCAACAAUGCUGCCGCUGUUUUGGCUCUUGGUGAGGAUAAUUCAUACAUUAAGGAAAAGAAGAUUACAACUGUUCAAACCAUUUCUGGUACUGGUGCUUUGAGAGUAGCAGCUGAAUUCUUUGGACGUUUCUUACCAGGUGUUACUGCCUACGUUCCAAACCCAACUUGGGGCAACCACAAUGUUAUUUUUGCCGAUUCCAAGGUUCCAGUCAAGUCAUACUCGUACUACAACCCAUCCAACUGUGGACUCAACUUUGAAGGUAUGAUCAAGGACAUCCAAGCCGCUCCAGCUGGCUCGAUCAUCUUGUUGCACGCCUGUGCCCACAACCCAACCGGUGUCGACCCAACCCACGAACAAUGGAAGAAGAUCUCACAAGUGUGCAAGGAAAAGGAACACUUUGUACUUUUUGAUUUUGCCUACCAAGGCUUUGCCUCUGGUUCACCGGAGGAAGACGCCUAUGCCGUCCGUUUGUUUGUCGAAGACGGACAUUUGAUUGGUCUCUGUCAAUCGUUUGCCAAGAACUUUGGUCUCUAUGGUGAGCGUAUCGGUGCCUUUAGUUUGCUCGCCAACUCGGCCGAAGAAGCUGCUGUCCUCGAAUCGCAACUCAAGAUUCUCAUCCGUCCAAUGUACUCUAACCCACCAGUAUACGGAGCUCGUGUUGUCUCUUCGAUUCUCUCCAACAAGGAACUCACCCAACAAUGGCGUUCAGAGGUCAAGUUGAUGGCCGACCGUAUCAUUGACAUGCGUACCAGUUUGGUCAAGUACUUGAAGCAACACGGUUCCACCAAGGACUGGAGUCACAUCACCAACCAAAUCGGUAUGUUUUGUUUCACCGGUUUGACUCCAGAACAAGUCGAUCGUCUUGCCUCUGAAUUCCACGUCUACCUGACCCGUAACGGUCGUAUCUCUAUCGCUGGUAUCACCUCCAAAAACGUCGAAUAUCUCGCCAAGGCCAUCCACAGUGUUACCAAAUAA